CUGUAUGGGAGGGAGGCUGCUCCACAGCGGCCCUGCGUUACGUUUGGAUGUAGAGGAAAAAUGGCCACCGGCACAGACCCAGAAAAACAGGCAGUGGACGCGAGGAUACUGCAGAUUUGGUGGUGACAUAUGGAUAUUCUCACAGCGCCUCGCAUCAACUCGUGUUACCCUCCGGAGCGUCAUACUGUCCACCGAACCACAAGCGUCUGCUGUGACCGCACACUGGUGGGCCGCCAGGAUGAACAUGGUGAAGCGGAUGAUGGGCAGGCCCCGGCAGGACGACUGCAGCCCUCAGGACAACGCUCUGGGCCUCAUGCAUUUGCGGCGCCUCUUCUCCGAGCUGUGCCACCCGCCGCGCCACAUGACUCAGAAGGAGCAGGAGGAGAAGCUCUACAUGAUGCUGCCCGUCUUCAACCGGGUUUUUGGGAACGCUCCGCACAGCAGCAUGACGGACAAGUUCUCAGACCUGUUGCAGUUCACCACACAGGUGUCCAGACUCAUGGUGACCGAGAUCCGCCGCAGAGCCUCCAAUAAGUCCACAGAGGCCGCCAGCCGUGCCAUUGUGCAGUUCCUGGAGGUCAAUCAGAGUGAAGAGGCCAGUCGGGGCUGGAUGCUUCUGACCACCAUCAACCUGCUGGCCUCCUCUGGACAGAAAACCGUGGACUGCAUGACCACCAUGUCUGUGCCAUCCACGCUGGUCAAAUGCCUGUACCUGUUCUUUGACUUACCCAACAUGGUGGAGGCUCCCGUAGGCACUGCCCCCCAGCCUCCUCCUCCACCCCCACCCCAGGACAAGACCCCCGGACAGGGCCACAGCCAGACCCACUCUGAGCUGCCACUGGCCGACCGCAGAGUGCUGCUCCAGAAGGUCUUUGUCCAGAUCCUGGUGAAGCUGUGCACGUUCGUGUCCCCGGCCGAGGAGCUGGCUCAGAAGGACGACCUGCAGUUGCUGUUCAGUGCCAUCACCUCCUGGUGCCCCCCUCACAACCUGCCCUGGAGGAGGAGUGCAGGGGAGGUGCUAACCACCAUCUCCCGACACGGCCUCAGCGUCAAUGUGGUCAAGUACAUCCACGAGAAGGAGUGCCUGUCCACGUGUGUACAGAACAUGCAGCAGUCUGAUGACCUGUCCCCAGUGGAGAUCGUGGAGAUGUUUGCUGGUCUCUCGUGUUUCCUCAAAGACUCAAGUGACGUGUCCCAGACUCUGCUGGACGACUUCCGCAUGUGUCAGGGCUACACCUUCCUGUGCGACCUCCUGCUCAGGCUGGAGCAGGCUAAGGAGGACGAGUGUAAAGAUGCUCUGAAGGAUCUGGUGAACCUGGUGACCUGCCUGUGCACGUACGGCGUGAGCGAGCUGAAGCCUGCGGGGCUGACCACCGGAGCGCCUUUCCUGCUGCCCGGCUUCGUCCUGCCCCAGCCCUCAGGCAAAGGCCACACAGUGCGGAACAUCCAGGCCUUCUCUGUGCUGCAGAAUGCCUUCCUCCGUGCUAAGAGCAGUCGUCUGGCCUGUAUGCUGCUGGACGCCAUUGGCAACAUCUACGCGGCUGAGCCGUCCAAUUACUUCAUCCUGGAAUCUCAGCACACACUGUCUCAGCUGGCAGAGCGUGUGGUGAAGCUGCCUGAGGCCCAGACCAAGUACUUUGAGCUGCUGGAGUUUGUGGUGUUCAGUCUGAACUAUGUGCCCUGUAAGGAGCUGUUCAGUGUCAGCGUCCUGCUCAAGUCCAGCUCAUCUCACUGCUGCAGUGUGACAGCCGUGCGCACACUGCUCAAACUGGCCCGCCACGACCCCGUGUUCAGCGAUGUGCUCCGGGAGGUGGGGCUCCUUGAGGUGCUCGUCAAUCUGCUGCACAAGUACGCUGCCCUGCUGAAGGAGCCUGGAGCUCAGCCUGGAGCUCAGCCUGGAGCUCAGCCUGGAGCUCAACCUGGUGCUCAACCUGGAGCUCAACUUGGAGCUCAGCCCACUAACAGUCACGAACAGGGUGACGGUAAGAGGCCCGACGUGCUGGAGGAGCAAAAGCAGCUGGCCUGGCUCGUCAUGGAGACACUGACUGUACUGCUGCAGGGUUCCAACACCAACGCAGCUUUGUUCCGAGAGUUUGGUGGUGCACGCUGUGUCCAUAACAUAGUGAAGUACCGUCAGUGCAGGGAGCACGCUCUUCUCAUCAUCCAGCAGCUGGUGCUGUCGCCCAGUGGAGACGAUGACAUGGGCACCCUGCUGGGCCUCAUGCACUCAGCCCCCUCCAGCGAACUGCAGCUCAAGACAGACAUCCUGCGGGCCCUGCUGCUGGUGCUGCGUGAGAGCCACCGCACUCGCACAGUGUUCCGGAAAGUGGGGGGCUUUGUGUAUGUCACCUCUCUGCUGGUAGCCAUGGAGCGCUGCCUGUGCCAACCUCCCUGCCACGGCUGGGAGCGGGCCAACCAGAACCAGGUUUUUGAGCUGCUGCACACAGUCUUCUGUACACUGACUGCUGCCAUGCGCUACGAGCCCGCCAACUCCCACUUCUUCAGGACCGAGAUCCAGUACGAGAAGCUGGCUGAUGCAGUCAGACUCCUAGGUUGCUUCUCGGACGUGAAGAAGCUGGGGGCCACUGGUGUGUUCCCAUCCAAUGCCCAGCCCUUCCAGAGGCUCCUGGAGGAGGAGCUAGGGCCCACGGGGGGUGGGGACAGUGUGUGCCCCACUCUCAAACACUGCAGCAAGCUCUUCAUUUACCUCUACAAGAUGGCCACCGACUCCUUCGACAGGUUUGGGUACUACGGUUCCUCUGCUCCUGUCAAAGCCCUCACUGAGCUGAAGCUGCACCUGUCUGCCUCACCAGCACCCCCUUCCUCCUGGUCCCUGUCUGAUAUGGUGGUUAUACAUCCAGGAGCAGUUCUGGCCAUGUUGGACCUGCUGCCCUCUGUGAGCUCUGACAGCCAACCUGAGCAUGCUCUGGACCUGCAGCUGGCGGUGGCAAAUGUCCUCCAGCAGCUGGUGAACUCGGAGAGGAACCAGCAAAUCUUGUGUGAGGCCUGUGUGCACCAGAAACUGCUCCAGCGUUGCAGCCAGGCCUUGGGCGACGAGGAGCACCCACUGCACCCACCCCUCCAGAGGAUGUUCGAGAGGCUGGCCUCUCAGGCGCUGUUGCCCACCCCUCUCAGGGAGUUCCUGCGGCUCGGGGACCCGUUAAACUGUGGUGCGUGGGACAAGAAGCAGUUGAAGCAGUACCGUGUGCACAAGCCCAGCUCACUCAGCUAUGAUCCUGACAUGAGGAACAGUAUGACCUUGUCCAUGGAGGGCUUUGGUCCUGACAGUGUCUUCACCACUCCGGCUGAGGACAACGGCCAGUAUCGCAUCAGUCGAAGCCUGGUGCGCUCAGCAGAGGGUAGCACUGUGCCCCUCACCAGGGUCAAGUGUCUGGUCUCCAUGACAACGCCCCACGACAUCCGGCUCCAUGGCUCUGCGGUCACUCCUCCGUUUGUAGAGUUUGACACAUCUCUCGAGGGCUUUGGCUGUCUGUUUCUGCCCAGUCUGGCCCCACACAAUGUCCCCCCCCACACCACCAGCGGCUCGGUUGUGAGCGACGGGGCUGUGCUCAGUGGGAUCGGUACAGGGGAGCGCCUCUUCCCCCCUCCCUCUGGCCUGACGUACUCCAGCUGGUUCUGUGUGGAGCGGUUCAGCGUGGCCCCCCAGGCCCACCCCCUGAGGCUGCUGACCCUGGUGCGCAGGGCCAGCUCCUCGGAGCAGCACUAUGUGUGUCUGUCUGUGGUGCUGUCAGCUAAAGACCACUGCAUCUCUGUGUCCACCAAAGAGGAGCUGCUGCACACGUACUCUGCUGAGGAGUCCAGUGAUGAGUCGUCCUUCUAUGAGCUGCUGCCCUGCUGUGCACGCUUCCGCUGCUCUGAGCUCAUCGUGGAGGGACAGUGGCACCAUCUGCUGUUGGUUAUGAGUAAGGGCAUGUUGAAGAACAGCAUGGCCACACUCUACCUGGAUGGACAGCUCAUCAACACGGUCAAGCUCCACUACAUCCACAGUGGGCCUGGGGGCUCAGGCUCCACUAACCCCCCUGUGGUGAGCACAGUGUACGGCUACAUCGGAACGCCCCCUGCCCAGAGACAGGUGUCCAGCCUGGUGUGGCGUCUGGGUCCUAGCCACUUCUUAGAGGAGGUCCUGCCCGCCUCCACGGUCACCACCAUUUACGAGCUGGGACCCAACUAUGUGGGCAGCUUCCAAGCUGUCUAUCCCCCGUGGAAAGAGUGGAAGAGUGACUUGCCCCCUGUCUGUCCUGUGGUGCUGGUGCCAGAGGAGAAGAUCUCCUUCAGCCUGUACGCUCACUCACUCUCCACGCUUACUGUGGCUAAGAUCCGAAAGCUGUACAACAAGCUGGACAGCAAGGCCAUCGCCAAACAGCUGGCUGUGUCGUCUCAUGAAAAUGCCACUCCAGUCAAACUACUUCACAAUGCUGCCGGACACUUGAACGGCCCCGCACGCACUCUUGGAGCCGCCGUCAUCGGAUAUUUAGGAGUGCGUGCCUUUGUGCCCAGACCUGUGGCCACCAGCCUCCAGUAUGUGGGUGGGGCGGCCGCCAUCUUGGGUCUGGUUGCCAUGGCGUCAGACGUGGAGGGGCUGUACGCGGCAGUCAAAGCUCUGGUGUGUGUGGUCAAGAGUGACCCUCUGGCCAGCAAAGAGAUGGAGCGCAUCAAAGGCUACCAGCUGCUGGCCAUGCUGCUGAAGAAGAAGCGCCCCCUGUUGAACAGCCACAUAUUGCACCUGACUUUCUCCCUGGUGGGCACCGUGGACAGCGGGCAUGAGACCUCCAUCAUCCCAAACUGCACUGCCUUCCAAGACCUGCUCUGCGACUUCGAGGUGUGGCUGCACGCUCCCUAUGAGCUCCAUCUGUCCCUGUUCGAACACUUCAUUGAACUGCUCACAGAGUCUAGUGAAGCAGCCAAAAACGCCAAGCUCCUGCGUGAGAUGGGUGUGAUCCCGCGGCUCCUGCUCACCCUGAGGGACCCCUCCCUGUCUCAGCCCACUGUGGGGGCCAUCAGCAGUGUGCUGAGCCUGCUCCUCCAGGGCUUCCCCAACCCCCUGGAGCUGCUGCGCUUUGGGCAGUUCAUCGCCUCCACCCUGCCCACUUUCGCCGUGUGUGAGAAGUUUGUCGUCAUGGAGAUCAACAACGAGGAGAAGCUGGAUGCAGGAGAGGAGGACUUUGGUGGCUUGCUCUCUGCCAGUGUCAUCCUCCUGAGGAACCGUCUGCUGGACUGUCUGCUCCGUCUGCUCUUCACGCCCAGAGAGACCUCUAAAGACAAGAGCUGUGUCAACGCCCAGGCGUGUGAGGAGGUGGUCCGGACACUGGGUUUUGAUUGGCUGCUGAUGCUGAUGGAGGAGCACCUGCACUCUACCACGGUGACUGCCGCUCUGUGGAUCCUGGUGGUCCUGCUGUCCAACCAGUCCAUCCUGCACCGCUUUAAGGAGGGGCUGUGUGGGGGCGGCUGGCUCGAGCACACCGACUCUGUUCUCAGCAACAAGAUUGGCACCGUGCUGGGCUUUAAUGUGGGCCGAAGCGCCGGCGGCCGCUCCACACUACGGGAGAUAAACCGUGAUGCGUGCCACUUCCCAGGCUUCCCGGUGCUCCAGUCUCUGCUGCCCAAACACACCAACGUACCCGAGCUCUACUUCCUGCUCAUGGCUCUGUUCCUGCAGCAGCCAGUGCCCGAGCUGCCAGACAGCCUACAGGUACAUUUUGACCUGGACUCCAUCUGGUCGUUCAUCUUCGGGGUCCCGGCCUCCAGUGGGACGGUGGUGGGCUCUGUCAGCUCUGUGUGCACUGAGGCCGCUCUGCUGCUGCUGGCCAUGCUGCGCAGCAUGCUCAACCUGCCCUGGCAGUCUGAGGAGGAGGGUUCCUGGCUGCGGGAGUACCCUGUCACUCUGAUGCAGUUCUUCAGAUACUUGUACCACAACCUGCCGGACCUGGGUCCCAUGUGGCACAGUGCUGACUUCCUGUGCGCUCUGGCAGCCACAGUCUUUCCCUUCAACAUCAGGCCUUACUCUGAAAUGGUGAGCGACCUGGAUGAUGAGGCCGGCUCUCCCACAGAGGAGUUCAAAGUGUUUGCUGGGGACUCGGGCAUGAACCGCAGUCAGUCUGAGUACUGCAAUGUGGGCUCCAAGACAUCUCUGACCAACCACCCGGCCAAGAAGUACGUGCUGGACUUCAUGAGGGUCCUGAUCAUGGACAAUAUGUGCACCAUGCCGGCGAGCAAGCAGACGCCCAUCCUGGACCUGCUGCUCGAGGCCUCUCCGGAGCGCUCCACCAGGACUCAGCAGAAGGAGUUCCAGUCCAACAUCCUGGACGGGGUCAUGGAGCACCUGCUGGCGGCCGAUGUGCUGCUCGGUGAAGAUGCCUCUUUACCUCUGAGCACUGGUGGAAACUACCAGACUCUGGUGAACAAUGUGUUCUACUUCAGCCAGCGCGUGGUGGACAAGCUGUGGCAGGGCAUGUUCAACAAGGACUCCAAGCUGGUGGUGGACUUUAUCGUGCAGCUCAUCGCACAGUCUAAGCGUCGCUCCCAGGGCCUAUCUCUGGAUUCGGUGUACCACUGUCUGAACCGCACUGUGCUCUACCAGCUGAGCCGCCCGCACAAGACCGUAGCCCAGCAGGUGGCGCUGCUCGACGCACUCAGGGUCCUCACAGUCAACCGCAACCUGGUCCUGGGCCCCGGCAACCAUGACCAGGAGUUUGUGGCUUGCCUGGCUCACUGCUUCAUCUGCCUUCACUCUGGGAGCAGUGUGGAGGGGUUUGGGCUGGAGGCAGAGGCGCGGAUGACCACCUGGCACGUCAACAUGUCCACUGAGAGCGAGACGGACUGCUCCCCCAGCCAGGACGUCAGCGAGGGCCGACAGCUGCUCCUCAAGGCCGUGAACCGCGUGUGGACCGAGCUCAUGCACAGUAAGAGACUGAUGCUGGAGGACAUCUUCAAAGUGUCCCUGCCCUGUAACGACCGUGGACACGUGGACAUCGUGACCGCCCGGCCCGCCCUGGAGGAGCCCGCACUCAAGAGCUGGCAGAACCACCUUGCCCAUGAGAAGAAGUGCAUCAGCCGUGGGGAGGUGGUGGUGCCCGUGACUCAAUCCAAGCUGUCCCGGGUUAGCAGCGGCUUCGGCCUAUCCAAACUGACCGGAGUGAGGCGAAACAAGAAGGAGAACAGUCUGAACAAGAACAGCAUGUCCGCUCAGGAGACCUUCCAGUGGAUGUUCACACACAUCGCAGUGGUGAGGGACCUCGUGGCCAUGCAGUACAAGGAACACCAGGAGCGGCAACAGAACACUCUGAAGUAUGUGACGGAGGACUGGGCAUCUAAAGAGUACGAGCUGCUGCGUGAACGAGGCCUCUGGGGUCCCCCUAUCGGCUCCCAGCUGGACAAGUUUGUGCUGGAGAUGACUGAGGGUCCCUGCCGCAUGAGGAAGAAGAUGGUGCGGAACGACAUGUUCUACAUCCACUACCCGUAUGUGGGUGAAGCAGAGAGCAGCACCAGCAGCUCCACACAGAAACCUCUGAGGUAUCGCCGCGCUAUCAGCUACGACAGUAAGGAGUACUACAUGCGUGUACUAAGUGGUAACCCAGGCAUGUACCAGCACUCUGUGGAGCCCAGCGCGGAGGGCGAGACCAGUCAGCAGGAGCCAGAGCCUGGAGAGGACACCAUCGCCCGGGUCAAAGGUCUGGUGAAGGCUCCUCUGAAGCGCUCCCGCUCCACUGCAGAUGGCGCUGACGAGGACAGCCUGGAGCAGAGUCAGGACCAGCUGCUGGAAUCUGGAGGUCUGGAAGAUGAACAGAAGCCAGACAACACAGCCCUGCUGAGGCUGCUUGAGGAGGGGGAGAAGAUUCAGCACAUGUACCGCUGUGCCCGCGUGCAGGGGCUGGACACCAGCGAGGGCCUGCUGCUCUUUGGGAAAGAGCACUUCUACGUGAUCGAUGGAUACACCAUGACUGUGUCCAGAGAGAUCAGAGACAUCGACACACUCCCCCCCAAUCUGCACGAGCCCAUCAUCCCGAGAGGAGCCAGACAGGGCCAGAGCCAGCUCAAGAGGACCUGCAGUAUCUUCGCCUAUGAAGACAUCAAGGAGGUGCACAAGAGACGCUACCUGCUGCAGCCCAUGGCUGUGGAAGUUUUCUCAGCCGAUGGUCGAAACUAUCUACUGGCCUUCCAGAAAGGAGUGCGCAACAAAGUCUAUCAGAGGUUCCUGGCGGUGGUGCCUUCCCUGGUGGACAGCUCUGAGUCAGUGUCUGGACAGAGGCCAAACACCAGCGUGGAGCAGGGGUCUGGGCUGCUCAGCACUCUGGUGGGAGAAAAGUCUGUCACCCAGCGAUGGGAGCGAGGAGAGAUAAGUAACUUCCAGUACCUGAUGCACCUGAACACACUGGCGGGCCGCUCCUACAACGACCUCAUGCAGUACCCCGUGUUCCCCUGGAUUCUGGCUGACUACGACUCCCAGGAGCUGGACCUUAACAACCCCAAGACGUUCCGUAACCUGUCGAAGCCCAUGGGAGCACAGACAGAUGAUCGGCUCACACAGUACAAGAAGAGGUACAAGGACUGGGAGGACCCUAACGGUGAGACCCCGGCCUAUCACUAUGGCACUCACUACUCCUCUGCCAUGAUCGUGGCCUCAUACCUGGUGCGCAUGGAGCCCUUCACUCAGAUCUUCCUCCGGCUGCAGGGCGGCCAUUUUGACCUUGCUGACAGGAUGUUUCACAGCAUCCGUGAGGCCUGGAUGUCUGCUUCCAAACACAACAUGGCCGAUGUCAAAGAGCUCAUCCCAGAGUUCUUCUACCUUCCUGAGUUCCUGCUCAACUCUAACAACUUUGACCUGGGAACCAAGCAGAACGGCACCAAGCUGGGGGACGUGCUGCUGCCGCCCUGGGCAAAGGGCGACCCGCGGGAGUUUAUCCGCGUGCACCGAGAGGCUCUGGAGUGUGACUAUGUGUCCAGUCACCUUCACGAGUGGAUCGACCUUAUCUUCGGGUACAAGCAGCAGGGUCCUCCAGCUGUGGAGGCGGUGAAUGUGUUCCACCACCUCUUCUACGAGGGUCAGGUUGACAUCUACAACAUCAACGACCCACUGAAGGAGACCGCCACCAUCGGCUUCAUUAACAACUUUGGACAGAUCCCCAAACAGCUUUUCAAAAAGCCUCACCCUCCUAAGCGCGUACGUAGUAAAACCAAUGGAGAUGUGGCCAGUGUUCCACCAAGCUCCAACAGUGACAAGAUCUUCUUCCAUCAGCUAGACAACCUCAGGCCUUCUCUGGCUCCUGUCAAAGAGCUGAAGGAGCCGGUGGGGCAGAUUGUGUGCACAGACAAAGGCAUCUUAGCUGUGGAACAAAACAAAGCUCUGGUUCCUCCAUCAUGGAGCAGAACUUUUGCCUGGGGCUACGCCGACCUGAGCUGCCGCCUCACCAACUACGAGUCGGACAAGGCGUUGGUGGUGUACGAGAGUCUGUCUGAGUGGGGGCAGGUCCUGUGUGCCAUCUGCCCAAACCCCAAACUGGUGCUGACCGGAGGCACCAGCACGGCCAUCUGUGUGUGGGAGCUGGGCACCGCCAAGGAUCGCGCCAAGUCUCUGAGCCUCAAACAGGCCUUACUGGGACACACGGACGCGGUCACCUGCCUCACGGCCUCCUCAGCCUAUCACAUCGUGGUGAGCGGCUCUCGGGAUCGAACCUGCAUCAUCUGGGACCUGAACAAGCUGUCGUUCAUCACCCAGCUGAGAGGGCACCGCGCACCCAUCUCCGCCCUGUGCAUCAACGAGCUCACCGGCGACAUCAUAUCGUGUGCGGGCACAUACAUCCACAUGUGGAGCAUUAACGGCAGCCCCAUCGCCAGUGCCAACACCUUCACCGGCCGCAGCCAGCAGAUCCUGUGCUGCUGUGUGUCCGAGAUGUACGAGUGGGACACGCAGAACGUCAUUCUGACCGGACACUCUGACGGAGUGGUCAGGUUCUGGAGGAUGGAGUUCCUGCAGGUGCCAGAGACACCAGCCCCAGAGCAGGGGGAGCCAGACGUCCCAGACUGCCUCAGCGAGGAGAAGAUGGAGGGCAGCGAGAGCCAUAAUGGAGAGGAUGACAGCAGUGAGUCUGAGGGAGAAGAGCCCUGUCCAGAGUCCAAACCUCCCCGGAACCCCUCCACAGGAGGAGGCAGUCAGCCGGGCAGUGCUGUGCACCGGCCCCGAGGGCCCUCUGGGCGUGCUGGAGCCUCAUGGUCCAUGGACAGUGGCUCAGACGACUCUCACCGCUGGUCAGACACUCUGAGUAUCGACGAGAAGGACGGAUUUGUGUUUGUGAACUACUCUGAGAACCAGUUGAAAAGCCACCACUGCCCCGUGAGCCAGGCCGGCCCAGGCCCAGGGAGCACAGUGGAGGCCCGCGCCUACAACCAACUCCGGGCAGGUUACAGAUGGGAGCGUCAACUGGUGUUCAGGAGCAAACUGACCAUGCACACAGCCUUUGACCGCAAGGACAAUGGACACCCGGCUGAGAUCACUGCCCUGGCCAUCUCCAAAGACCACAGUAAGGUGCUGGUGGGUGAUGGACGUGGCCGAGUCUUCAGUUGGUCAGUGAGUGAGCAGCCCGGGCGUUCUGCUGCUGACCACUGGGUAAAGGACGAAGGCGUGGACAGCUGCUCUGGCUGCACCGUGCGCUUCUCUCUGACCGAGCGCCGACACCACUGCCGCAACUGUGGCCAGCUCUUCUGCCAGAAAUGCAGCCGCUUCCAGUCAGAAAUCAAGCGGCUAAAGAUCUCCUCUCCAGUCCGAGUGUGCCAGAACUGUUACUACAACCUACAACACGAGCGGAGCGCCGAAGAAGGCCGAAACUGACCCCAAACUCACUCAAAACUGACCUCACACGGACCCCAUCACCGCUGUCAGGGCAGGUCCUCGGCUCCCCGGGACCCCACGGACUUGUUCAUAUUGUAUAUAGUUUGACUUUUCUGUGACGAGAAAAGGAGAGACUGUGACUGAGCUGGAUGCCCACAGAGAGAAGAGACUUGACACAAACCUUCUACGUUGCCAGCGUCCGAGCAUCUCACUUCCACUUUUUCGUUGCCUUUUAUACCCAUCGACUUUGUUUUUAUAUAUUUUUGUUUUUUUUAAUGAAUUCCCAUGAUGUGAUUUUUGCAUUUGGUUGACACAUUUCCACCACAUGCAGACGUAUGAUCUCUGUGGAUGGUUCCAGGGCCCUCUACAGCUCUCACAAAAGGGACGUCCCACCGCUGUAGGUUUAGUGGCAUUAUCUCACAUGUUUGCACUCCACACUUUAUGCGCAGAGAUCAGAACACUUUGAGGCAUGUCUAUGAACUCUCUGAAAACUAAUCAUCAAUUUUGUGCCAGUAUAGGACUUUGUAAAGGGCGCGUACUCAGACUAGAUUUGCAGUUCAGUGUCAGUUGAAGUUGGUGUAAAUAGUAUUGGCCGUAAUGUGUCAAGUCAUGCUUUUUCUAGCUGUCAACCCAAUGACUAACCACACAUCCAACUAUUACUACUAAAUAUAGACUAGCCUUCAUGUCCCACAUAGGAGCGUAGUUACAGAGCCCGGUGCAGUAAGUAAGUGAGUAAUGCACUGUCAAAAAAGGGAAUGGGUCCACACAUUUGUUAAUACUGGGGCUUAAAAUGCACAUGACAGGUUUUCAUUUGGUGGAUUAUACCUGUGGCCAAUAUGUAUCAUAGUUUUACAUCAGAUCUGUGGCAGUUUGUUGGACAAAGUUGAAAAGAAAAGUACAAAAAUGACAGAAUCCCUCUACCUAUGUCGUCAUCUUCAAAAUUUGAUCAAAAAUACAGCAACAGUAGAGGCAAGAGUUUAAUGUUAACAAAAUAAAGGUGGUAUCAUUUAUUUUUGUCAGUCUCAUUUUAACUAGAGACUCACAGUAGGGCUGGGUAUCAUUAAGAAGUUGCCAAUACCAUACAUACCUCAAUACAUAGGCCACGAUACGAUACAUAUUUCGAUACAGUGAACUUACAAUUCGAUACGAUAUAUUUCGAUACCGUUCAAAAGUCUUUGUUAAACCACUUCUUGUGCAAAGUGAAUAUGAAACAAAAACAUUUGAAUCCUCAAAACUGUGAAAAUGUUAAAUUAUCUGUCAGCGGAAUACGAAUUUUUGUUCUUAAAAUAUGAAAAUACAACUUGCUACACUUAAAAAUAGAAAAACAACAACCCUUAAAAUAAGAAAUAAAAUUGAAUGUCGCUUGAAUUUAGAAAAACAAUUAUUCCAUUGGUAGAGUCGACUCAGAUGGUAAAUGGUCACAUUUUUCUAUAGCGGAUAAUAUAGCAGAUAAAGUCAAAUGUUCUUAAUUUUCAUUUUAACUAACCUUUUGCUGUGUGAAUGAGUUUCCUUCCACUAAACAAACAACAAAACUGUAGCGCUGUAACAAAAUAAUUUAGUAAAAUACACCAAAAAUACUAUGCGAUAUAUCGAUACAGAAGCCCACGUUAUCGAUACUGUGUCAUUACAUUAAACGAUACGAUAUAUCGACAUUUCAAUAUUUUUGCACACCCCUAACUCACAGUACAUAAUAUAUAUCGAAUAACAAGUCUCUUUGCAUAAAUUCAUUUUCUUGGUGCAGCAACCGCUGAAAUACAAAGAGAACUGCAUAGACCAUGAUCCUUUGCUUCAUUUCAGUGCAGACUACAUGGAGAAUAACUUCAACUUUGUUAUUAAGCAUUUUAAAUCUGAAUGCUUUGGACUGUGACAGAACCAAAUGCUUGUCAAGGCAUUUUAAAAGGAAAAAGUCACAUUCACAAUUUUGUAAGCUUCCACAGAGUAUUACAAUAAAUAGGUACAGUGAGAUGUAUAUCGCGAAAAUAUCAUACAGAGAUUCUUUAUAUGGUUACAUCUAAAAUCAUAACUACAGACCAGUUUUGGACCUUAUUUACAGUAUGGUCGUUAUGGAAUUACCUCUGCGUAUGUCAUCUGCUCCCCAUGUCCAACCAUAAUGUAACAAAAUAUUUUAAAAAAACUAAGCAAUAUUUUUAGUAAAAGCAUAAAGCCAAUCAUUACGUUUUAGUGAAACGAUCAGUCUAACCUGUCAUAUGCACUUUAAGGUCCUUUCAAAAAUCUAUGUGUUUGAAUAAUGCCACCACUUUAAUACUAAAGUGACAUCAAUGUUUCAUUCAUUCGUUCAUUCAUUAAUUUGUCGUCAGAGAAGACACUAAACUUUGUGCCAGUUUUUGUUUCAUGUUGAUAAACCCAGUGAUGCAGAUCAAAUCCUCUGCAUUUGACAGAUGUUUUGUCUUUUUAGAAUGUUGUGAUGUCAGAGUUUCACAGGUCACAGUCCCCGGCUCUCAGACCUUUAAACCUGGAGAUGGUACGAUCAGCUCCUGCAGUCAGCUGGUUCAUGGGGCUGAUCAGUGAUAUCCAUUUUCAGAUUUUUAAAGAAGCUCUUUACUGGCAAAAGUGACCCUGCAAUGAAUACUCUUAUUAUAUAGUUAUGUUUUAUAAGACAACAUCAGUCAGAAUGAAACCCACUUAAAGGGUCCAUACUACACUAUGUCUGAUCUCUGUUCUAAUGUAGUUUCCUCAUCAAACAUACCUGGAUUUGUGUUUUGUUGCAUUCACACCUUUUUAACACAAAUACUGCAUGUUUAGGCUAUGUUUUUAUCUGAAACAGAAAACACUUUGUUCCAACUUGUGAUGUCAUGUGCUGAUACAGAAAGUGCUCUGCUGUGUUUUUAAACUCGCACAUCUUCACUAGAAUCAUUUGAAUAAUUUUCAGCCCUGGAAUUAUCGAUCUGCCAUUAAAAAGGUAGCGGUUCACUUGAAAACUGUCAGUACUGUGCGUGACAUCACAAGGUGGAACAGGGCAUUUUGGGAUUUGGAAGUGUAGACAGAACACAAAACCCAACACAUCUCCAGGUAUGUUUUUAAAGGAGGUAACCACAUUCUAACAUGGCUUAAAACUCACAAGAGUAAAUUUUGUGUACUAUAGCACCUUUACCAAGUCUGGAGAAGUGUGGGUCAUAAACUCAAUUUCUGCUGUGAAGACUCUAGUAGUAGCCCAGUUUAGUUUUUUUUUUAAGUGAAAGAGCCCCAGAGCUGUGCCGUGUCAGGCCGAGUCGACACAGGACUGAAAAAACACACUUCACUUGUACACCUCUUAUCUUGUCAAUAGCACAUUGUAAAUAGGCCUACAAACAGAAGGCUGUGUCUGUAAAUGUAUUGUCUGCACCAGGAUCCAGGUGUGCUCCUGUUUAACCUGUUCACCGCUCUGACCUUUCACUCCUUCCCCUGUACAAACGAGCUGAGUGGGCUGUACAGUGAUAUUUAUGCAACUGGAUCCGUUUGGAGAUUUUUGUUUGUUUUAUUCGAGACUUCAGCAGGUUGGUUGACUUGUUGCAUGUUCUGAACGCGCCUGUAGGGGGCAGGCUCAGUGCUGCAGCCUGGACGUUUCUUGUAUAGUUGAGUUCAGUAUGCUCCCACGGUCAUCCCCCACAGUCGCAUCACUCCCACCCGACAAUGCAAAAGAACUGGUACCUACGCAUUUGAAUUUCAUUUCAAUAAAUAAUAGCUGUUUACCAACAUUUAA